UUUAAUUGACUUUCAUGCUACAAUUGAAACGUUUGUCUUUGUUCACAGCAUUUCAGCGGGGAGCGGGGAGGAAGAGCGUGGUUCUCGGAUCAGAUGCAGGUUCAACAGGUCCGAAAGAAGUCCCAACUGAACCGUCACCGCCUGUUCAAGCAGGGGGCACUAUUGCUGGUGGUGCCACUGAACCUGUUCAAGCAGGGAGCUCUGUGACAGCUACCUCUCCCACCCCUGCAUUUGUAAUGAGGCCAUCCAGAGGGACGGACUCCAUAUGUUUUAAUCUUCCGCUGUCUUCAAAUUCCAAAUAUAACUUUUUGGACGUAGAAACGGAUAAACGACGCAGCACAUCGUAUAUAUUUACUGCAAAAAUGGGUCAAAAUUCAGUGGAUGAAGUUAAGGUUGACCGAAAGAUGAAGUGGGGCAGGCCUAGGACGUUGGUUACUGUAAAGAAAAACGAUGGUAAAACAUUCAAACAAGGAAGAGGUGUAGACGUCACAGUCUACGGUAAUGCUGAAGGGGUCGUCACCUAUUUUGUUGAAAUACCCACAAAGUGGACUCAAAACGGAUUGCUAACUGAGCUUAGUAAACUACAAUUCACUAUUACUAAAAAUGGAGAUACCGCAACAAUCUCCAUUAGCAACGGACCACGUGCUUCCCUCGAGUCAGCAACAGCAAGCCAGGUCAUAUACAAUUCCAAAACCAAUGAAAAAUGUUGGUUCAUCAAGGACUUAAAUACAGCAUCGCUCGGCAUAAACGUCGACAGUUUCAUUAUACCUUAAUUAGUUAAAAUAAAUUAGAUCGCAUAUAUAUGUAUAUAUUAUUGUAAACUUACCAAAAUCCUUGGUCUGUCUCUUAAAAUAAAGUGAAUGUCGAUUAAA